AUGCUGUCCAAAGUUCUAAAAACGUUCUCAAGUCGCACUCCUUUCAGACAAAUGAGCUCAGGGCCUUCAACAGAGCCUAAUUUCUUGGAAAUGGUCAACAUGUAUUUCGACAAAGCAGCAAAACAUACAGAUAUAAAGCCAGAAGUCUUGGAGCUGAUUAAAACAUGUGAUACUGUAUUACGUGUAACCCUUCCUCUCAAGAAAGAUGAUGGGUCUAUUAAAUACUAUAAAGCUUAUAGAGCACAGCAUUCUCAUCAUAGGCUGCCUUGCAAAGGAGGUACAAGAUAUGCAUUGGAUGUUGAUCUUAAUGAGGUUGAAGCUCUUUCUUUCCUUAUGACACUCAAAUGUGCAUGUGUGAACUUACCAUUUGGAGGAGGGAAAGGAGGAAUUACUGUGGACCCUAACUAAUCUUUUUAAAUUGGAACAAAAAGAUUGCUCAAAUAUAAGGAGAUGGAAACUAUUUAAAAUUUUUUAAUAAAAAUUAAAUUAUAAAUCCCGCUCACCUUUAAAGAAGAGCAAGAUAUAGGCAAAUUUCUGAUUUUGAUGAAAAUUAAAUCAAAACCGUUCAUAUAAGGGUUUUUUUUUACCUAAAUAUAUUACCAAUUAAAGGGUCUACUUAUGGAAAUCGAAAUUUACCAAUAUUUUUCCAAUUUAAAAGGGGAGUAAGACUCUUUCACUUGGUGAAAGAGAAAGAUUGACAAGGAGAUAUGCAUUGGAAUUGAGCAAAAAAGGGUUUUUAAGUCCUGCUGCUGAUGUGCCAGGACCUGAUCUUGGGACUGGAGAGCUUGAAAUGGCAUGGAUGAUGGAUACUUAUAAAUCACUAAAUCCAACAAACUUAAAUGCUGUUGCUUGUACCACUGGAAAGCCAUUGGAAAUGGGAGGUAUCCCAGGCAGAGCAGAAUCCACAGGGCUUGGGCUUUAUUAUGCAUUAAGAGAAUUUUUGAGAGACAAAAAAUAUACUGAUAAGGUUGAACUUCCUACUGGAAUCAAUGGCAAAAAAGUAUUCGAUUUUAUAAGAAUUUUGUAAUAUACAUAUACAUGAUAUUUAAUUAUCUAUUAUUAAUCAACAUAUGACUUAUUUUUACGAAAAAAAAUACUGGUAUUGAUAAUAAAAAAUCCUAUUUUUUAUAAAGAAGCAUAUUAAAGUUAUUUUUUUAUAGUGUAAACAUUCAAUUAAACUCCAAUAAUUGUCCAAGGAUUCGGUAAUGUCGGCUAUUGGGCUUGCCACUUCCUCCAAAAAGAUGGUGCCAAAAUCCUUGGUGUUAUCGAGCCAAGCGGCAGUGUAUUUAAUGAAAACGGCAUUGACGUCGACGACCUGAAAGCUUUCAUGAUCCAGCACAAAACUCUCAAAGGCUACCCCAAAGCAGAGCUCGUCGAAAACGGCCAAGAAGUUUUCACCAGAAAAACCGAUAUCAUAAUCCCAGCAGCCGUCGAACGAUCAGUACACGGCAGCAACGCUCCAAACUUCAAUUGUAAAAUCCUCGCCGAAGGCGCUAACGGCCCUACCACUCCUCUCGGUGAAGAAGCCCUCGAGAAAAAAGGCGUCCUGGUGCUCCCUGACCUUCUCAUGAACGCAGGCGGUGUUACAGUUUCCUUCUUCGAGUACGUCAAAAACCUUGGACACAUCAAGCCUGGCCUGCUUACCAAAAGAUGGCAAGGAAAACGUAACAGAAGCAUAAUAGAAGCCAUCGCCACCUUAAAAGGCAUCUCCCAUGAAGAACUUGAAGCCAAAAGUGCUGACUGGAAAAAACUCGCAGAAGGUGCCAGUGAGCUUGACCUGGUCUACUCUGGCCUUGAACAAAUCAUGAGUGAAGCCGUCCAAGAAACAAAAGAAACCAGCGAACGCCUUGGAGUGAACCUCAGAAUUGCAGCCUAUGUAAAUUCCUUGCAAAGAAUUGACGAUGCUACACUCAAAGGGACUAUAGGACUCUAA